AUAUUCCGUUGCAGUCAAACGGAAGUCCGCCAUUUGCGACAGGAAGUUGCUGAGCUAGAGCGUGUGGUGUCCGUUCGCAGAGAAAAGAGCACGGUGCGGAAAGAGAGUCAACAGCUUUUCCUAAAAGUAUCUAUUAAAUUAAUUCAUAACAUCAAGCGGGAGGAUACACACGCAUUUCCACAGCCAUGGCGUACCGAGGCCAAGGACAGAAAGUCCAGAAGGUUAUGGUGCAGCCGAUUAAUCUUAUCUUUCGGUACCUUCAGAAUCGCUCCAGAAUUCAGGUGUGGUUGUAUGAGCAGGUGAACAUGCGGAUAGAAGGUUGUAUUAUUGGUUUCGAUGAAUACAUGAACUUGGUGCUUGAUGACGCAGAGGAGGUCCACAUGAAAACGAAAGCCAGGAAAACUCUCGGUCGGCUUAUGAUAAAAGGAGACAAUAUCACCUUAUUGCAGAGUGUUGCUGUCUAGUGCGCACCAAGCUGCUUCACUGCUGAGUAGCAUCCCCAGGGCUGUGGAGUCACAUGUGAAGAUAUAAUGAUUUGAAUGCGGAUAAUAUUUGUAUUAUUUUUGUACUGACUGUUGGAGCUCCAAGUCACAUUUACUUGUGUAUCAGUGCUGGUCAUGUCACCACCACUGGGAUCAUGUUCACUGGUUAUGUGUGUUCCUUGCUCGUUUGUGUUACAAUAAAGAUUUUUGGUUGGUUUUCUUUGA